GAGUGGCCGCGUGUUGGGUUUGUUCUGCUGUGCUCCAUCACCUUCACCUAAAGAUGCAUCCUGACUUAUCUCCACACUUGCACACUGAAGAAUGCAACGUCUUGAUUAACUUGCUUAAGGAAUGUCACAAAAAUCACAGCAUUCUGAAAUUUUUUGGCCAUUGCAAUGAUCUUGACCGGGAGAUGAGAAAAUGCUUGAAGAAAGAGUACAUGGAAAAAAGGACCAAGAGCAGGGAGCAUGGCAAUGCAAUGAGAAAGAGAAUUUUUAAUCCUGCAGAGGAAUCUGAAAAAUAAGAUUAUAUUUUCAUUGGAUACCUAAGAGAAGAUCUAAAGACUCUUACUUGAUAGCUGAAAGAAUCCUAUCUCCAGAAUCCUCUGAAUGGAAAGUGACCCAUGUGAAAUCAAGCCAUGGAGGAGUUCAGAAAGUCUGGGUUCUCAGUAUUCAUGGGGCAGCAAAUCUAACUUCUAACAUGUUUCUUUCUACUGCCUACAACUAGAUAACAUUCAAGUAAUUUAUCUUCCUUAAUAAAA